AUGGAACAAAUAAAACAAUUCCACGCGCGCCCGGGGCCGACAAUCCCCGACCCAAGUUCAAAGGCCCCAGCCCCGGCGGCCGUUCAUAACACCGCCGACCGCAGCCCCCAAGUUCUUCCCAUUUUCCCUCCGCGUUUAUUUGGGGUUCAAAUGGGGCAGGUUUUCUCCGCUGCAGAGCGGGCCCCUCUACAAGCGGGGAAGCGCGACGAGGGCUGCGGCCGGAAUUUUUUUGCCUUGAAACUCUUUUGGGCGAAGCCUUCCCCAACCAUGGGGCGCCGAUUCCGUACGCCACCGGAUCUGUGCGGCCACAACCCCGUUUUUUUCCCCGGCGCGGCGCGCGCUUCGGCGGUACUGGUUGGUAAGUUGUUUUUC